ACUUCCUCUUUCUUCACUCUGAAGCCAAGAGCAGGCCUGCUGAGCCUCAAGAAAGAUGAGAACAGAUUCACGGGUGAUUUAGCCUAUCUGUCCCAGGCCAAGGUGGCUGCAUGUGCUAGCUGGAGGCCCCUCUCUCUGCUUCAAGGGUAGCUGAGAUCCACCCUGGAAACCGGCAGGAUGAAGGAGGCAAGUGAGGAGAAGCUGGCGUCUGUGUCCAACCUGGUCACUGUGUUUGAGAAUAGCAGAUGAGAAAAUGGAGACACAGAGAGGUGAGGAUGCCAAGUGCUUUAAGUUAAGUAUCUGGGGCAAUGCUGGGCUGUCUGUCUGGAGGGAAAAGGCUGGGCCAAAUGCGUGGAGUCAUUGGUAGCCCUGGGAGCAUGUGUGUUUGUGUGUGUGCGUGUGUGUGUGUGUGUGUGUGUGUGUGUUGUGUGUUAUAUGUGGCAUCAAUCCAUUCUGCAGGCAUUUCUUAAGCUCAGGACUGUGUUAGGGGCUAUCCCAGGUAGGGUUUUCUGGAUAUAGACUCAGACGGAGGUUUGCCACAGGUGGUUUAUCAGGGAGAGCUUUGGGAACAACAGCUGUGGGUGUGAGGGAAGCAGGGCUGGGUAGGGGGAGAUUCUGAACUGCAGUGCACCUGCCACAGAGGCCUCAGCCUGUCCCAGGGAGCUCUGGAGCUGGGAUGCCUCUUGGUUGUUCCAACUGAGGCAGAGGGCUGCGUAUUUGUAUCACCAUGUGAACUGGACAGGAGACUCUGGGUGAGGCAGCUCUGUCUUCCAGAGAGUGAUUACCAGAGAGGGACUCAGCCAAUAAAUUACCCGUCAGCCCCCAGUAUUACCAGCAGCUGGUGGGGAUGGUGUGGGGAGCCCUCACUCCUGAAGGAGGGACAUGGGCGGCACAGGACAGCAUCCUACAGGAACUGUAGAGGAUGAAGAAGCGUUUCUGUAUAUUUGGAUGCUGAACUCAUCCAAUAACCAUGAUGCAAGGUCAAUCGAUGCAAGACAAUAGAUAUCCUAGGAAUGACCCGGAUGCUGUACUGAGGGCACUCAUGGCAGGCAAUGUUUCCUGUAGGCUUCAGGGUGGAGAUGGCAUAGAUGUAGACCUAGAAGUCUUCAACUUCCUGAGGACUCCAGAAGCAGCACCCAGAGGCCACAGGCUAGAGGACGUGCAUCACCACCCUGAGUGCAGGCCUCCCAGGUCCCCAGGACCAUGGGAGAAGCUGAAUGUUGGGGAGGCCAUGGGGUCUGAGCCCAGGACAGUCAGCGGGAGGUACCUGAACUCCCUGAAGAACAAGCUGUCCAGUGGAGCCUGGAGGAAAUCUUGCCAGCCUGUGACCCUCUCAGGAUCGGGGAUGCAGGAGCCAGAGAAGAAGAUCGUCCAGGAGCUGCUGGAGACAGAGCAGGCCUACGUGGCACGCCUCCACCUGCUAGACCAGGUGUUUUUCCAGGAGCUGCUGAGGGCGGCCCGCAGGAGCAAGGCCUUCCCCGAGGACGUGGUCAGGGUCAUCUUCUCCAACAUCUCCUCCAUCUAUCAGUUCCAUUCUCAGUUCUUCCUCCCAGAGCUGCAGCGGCGCCUGGAUGACUGGACAGCCAACCCCCGCAUCGGCGAUGUGAUACAGAAGCUGGCCCCCUUCCUGAAGAUGUACAGUGAGUAUGUCAAGAACUUUGAGCGAGCAGCUGAGCUGCUGGCCACCUGGACCGAGAAGUCUCCACUCUUCCAGGAGGUUCUCACUCGCAUCCAGAGCAGUGAGGCUUCGGGCAGCCUGACCCUGCAGCACCACAUGCUGGAACCAGUGCAGAGAAUUCCACGCUACGAGCUGCUGCUCAAGGAGUACGUCCAGAAGCUGCCAGCCCAGGCCCCAGACCGGGCCGAUGCUCAGAAAGCCCUGGACAUGAUCUUCUCAGCUGCCCAGCACUCCAAUGCAGCCAUCACUGAGAUGGAGCGGCUGCAGGACCUGUGGGAGGUGUACCAGCGCCUGGGCCUCGAGGACGACAUAGUAGACCCUUCUAACACCCUGCUCCGUGAGGGCCCGGUCUUCAAGAUCUCCUUCCGCCGCAACGACCCCAUGGAGCGCUACCUUUUCUUGUUCAACAACAUGCUGCUCUACUGCGUGCCCAGGGUGAUCCAGGUGGGUGCCCAGUUCCAGGUGAGGACCCGCAUCGACGUGGCCGGGAUGAAGGUGCGGGAGCUGAUGGACGCUGAGUUCCCCCACUCCUUCCUGGUGUCUGGGAAGCAGCGCACUCUGGAGCUGCAAGCCCGGUCCCAGGAGGAAAAGAUUUCCUGGAUGCAGGCCUUCCAAGCAGCCAUUGACCAAAUUGAGAAGCGGAAUGAAACCUUCAAGGCUGCGGCCCAGGGGCCUGAGGGAGACAGCCAGGAGCAGGAGCUGCAGUCUGAGGAGCUGGGCCUCCGAGCACCACAGUGGGUCCGGGACAAGAUGGUGACCAUGUGCAUGCGCUGCCAGGAGCCCUUCAACGCUCUGACGCGCCGUCGCCACCACUGCCGGGCCUGCGGCUACGUGGUGUGUGCCAGGUGCUCCGACUACCGGGCCGAGCUGAAAUAUAACGACAAUAGGCCAAACCGAGUCUGCCUCCACUGCUACACAUUCCUCACUGGAAACGUGCUCCCUGAGGCCAAGGAGGACAAGAGGCGGGGCAUCCUGGAGACCCUGGUCUCUCCCCACAGCCCAGGCAGUGCGGAGCCUGUCACCAAAUGGAGGUACCCUUUGGCUGCAGGCUGUCAUCCACAUUCUUCUGCGCUUCCUCUAUGUCCUUAUCCAAUAGUACGCCCCCUCUGGACAGCUCCUGUUCACAUCCCCACGUCCUGCCCCAACAGUCCCAGGGUGACAAGAGCUGGUCACUGAUUCCAUUUUACAGAUGGGAACACAGAGGCUCCAGGUCAGACAGAUUGGAGAUUCCAUUCUAACUGGAAGGGACUCCAGGAGCCAGUCAGUCUUAUCCCAUGGAGACCCAGGGCUGGAGAAGUGACUUGCCCAAGAUCACACAGCAAGUUAGGAGCCAGCUCUCUGAUCUCAGCCACAGAUGUUCUUUCUGUUGCCCUGGGGGCCUCACUGAGCCACACUUGCCCCCACAGGUGCUCCCUUGUGGGGGUACAACUGUGCUCAGCUAAGCACCACAAAUACAAUGUCACCCAGCCCAGCAUCGGUACCACCAUCCACUGCCCCUCCCUCAUGAAGGCCAGGUUGAUAUCCUACUGUCCCUGGGAGGUGGGAGAAGGUCCAGUCUGUGCCAGCUGAGAUUCACUCCCAGGUUCAAGUUGGCCUCUUUUGGCCAGGUGGGAUGGCUCAUACCUGUAAUCCCAGCACUUUAGGAGGCCGAGGUGGACGGAUCACCUGAGAUCAGGAGUUCGAGACCAGACUGGCCAACAUGGUGAAGCCCCGUCUCUACUAAAAAUACAAAAAAAAAAAA